AUGCAUAGAGGACUCGCCAUCUUUACCUAUCAAAUUCUCAAAAAUCCCAUUACUGUAACCACCAAAAGCUCCCUUUUUUACUGUCAAUCCAAUGCCUUUACCCGUAGAGGAAAUGGGUUCGCUUUAUUUCGCUUGUUUUCAUAUGCUUCUAUGCAACGGCGUGUGCCAGACCCGGAUGACCCUGCAAACCUAAUGAAAGAAGAUGGUGUAUCUGUUUGUUCACAAAUGUGGAUUGAGAACUUCAGAGAACCUGAUAGGAUAAUUACCAAUUUGUCCUCUUAUCUUCGCAGAUUUGAAUUGUGGGUUUUAGCUUACCAGAAAGUUUGUGCUGAUGAAAUAGGAUCGUAUGUGCCCCGUAGUUCAAUUACUAGGUCUGCCUUGGAAGAUUUGUUAGCCUUAAGAAAUGCUGUUCUUGAUAAUAGGUUUAAGUGGGGUGCUAGGUUAGAAUUCUUUAUAAAAUCGCCUAAAGACAAGACCGAUUAUGCAUCUUUGUCAAAGAGGAAGAUUAAGGCGAUUUUGACAACUACUCAACCUGCCCCAUUUCAAGAUAAGUUAGUGCAAGAGGUUUUGUUUAUGAUUUUGGAGCCAAUAUAUGAGUCUCGAUUCUCGCAGAAGUCAUUUGCUUUUAGGCCAGGGAGGAAUGCACAUACAGUUUUGAGGGUGAUUAGGAGAAGUUUUGCAGGUUAUUUAUGGUAUAUAAAGGGUGAUUUAAGUCCAAUUUUGGAUGGAUUGAAAGUGGGGUUGGUGAUAAAUGCGUUGAUGAGGGAUGUUAGGGAUAAGAGGAUUAUUGAUUUAAUCAAGUCGGCAUUAGUUACACCUGUAAUUACCACUCCAGUUGAUCGGGUUGAAGAGAAGAAAAAGCCUAAAAGGAAGUAUCAGAAGAAGAGGGUGUUGGCAGAGGAUGAGCCAAAGCCUGAUCCUUAUUGGUUGGAUACUUUUUUUGGUUUUGCUCCAGAGGAGGCAGAAAAACUUCCUUCAUGGGGGCAUUGUGGAAUUCUUAGUCCCCUUUUAUCUAAUAUAUGUCUUGAUGAAUUGGAUCAGUGGAUGGAAGGUAAGAUCAAGGAGUUUUAUCGUCCCUCAAAGAGCGAUGUCAUAUGGAAUAGCCCUGAAGGGGAAGCAGAACAGGGGAACACAUCUUGGCCAGAAUUUGUGCCAACAAGUGGGCCAGAUAAGACCCGAAAGAUGGACUAUAUACGUUAUGGAGGUCACAUAUUGAUUGGGAUCCGUGGACCAAGGGCAGAUGCAGCAACACUGAGAAAACAGUUAAUUGAGUUUUGUGAUCAGAAAUAUAUGAUCAAGCUUGAUAACGAGUGCCUUCCAAUCGAACAUAUCACCAAAGGUAUACUGUUUCUUGACCACGUGUUGUGUCGGAGAGUAGUAUAUCCAACUCUUCGGUACACAGCAACAGGUGGUAAGAUUAUAAGUGAGAAAGGUGUCGGCACCCUUUUGUCUGUCACAGCAAGUUUGAAACAAUGCAUCAAGCAGUUUAGAAAGUUAAACUUUCUUAAGGGUGAUAGGGAACCUGAUCCACAACCAUGUUUUAGAAUGUUUCAUGCUACUCAAGCUCACACCAAUGCCCAGAUGAACAAGUUUUUGUCAACAAUGGUUGAGUGGUAUAAAUAUGCUGACAAUCGGAAGAAAGCUGUUAACUUUUGUUCAUAUAUCAUUAGGGGUUCACUGGCAAAGCUCUAUGCUGCAAAGUACAAACUUCGUUCAAGAGCAAAGGUUUACAAAAUUGGUGCUCGAAAUCUGAGCCGUCCUCUGAAGGAGAGAAAAGGACAGUCACCUGAGUAUCAGAAUCUGCUAAGGAUGGGUCUUGCCGAGUCAAUUGAUGGCCUUCUUUAUACCAGGAUGUCUCUCAUUCCUGAGACUGAUUAUACACCCUUCCCUAGCAAUUGGAGGCCCGAUCAUGAGAAGGUGUUAGUUGAAUAUAUCAGGCUUGAUGAUCCAAAAACCUUGGAAGAGCAAAGACAUUGCAUUGGAGAGCAGGGUCUUGUUUCACCACAGGACUAUAUUUCAAUGCUGGUGUGGAACUACAAAAGAAAUGCAAUUGCGAUGGAUCAGCUGUCCUUGUUAAAAAGUGCUGGCAGUCAUACAGAAGGAGAUGAUCGAUUGUUGUUGAGCUCAAAUCAUGAGAACCAUGAUCCUAGGAGCAAGGAAGAGGAGGAAACUGAAGAAGGGCUUCAUGCUUCACAAUUGUAA